CAAGAGACAUCUAACUCAGGUAGAGUGUAGUGAUAAAAUUACGCAGUAAUGUCUGAGGAUAUCUAUGCCAUGCCAGACCUCUCCAAAAAAGCGAGAUUUCAGACAGGGGAGGAGGCAGACGGUAAUGCAGAUGUCUACGAAAACACAGACAAUGUGAACAUUUAUGACAACUACUUGCCACCGGGGAGUACGCCGCUAGAACAAGAGGACAGCACCACUGAGGAGCCACAGAAAGCCAUUUCGGUCAAUGUACCUUCAGGAGGGAGGAAUCUUCUCAGACCUGCCACAAUGUUUCUGCUGCUCCUGUGUCUUCUCUUUCUGGCUGGAGUCAUUGUCCUGGUUGUCCUUUGGAUUCAAGACAAAGGCCUCAAUGCCGACCUUACCAGAGCGAGAGAUGAACUACAGACAAGUUAUGGUGACAUGAAAAGCCUCAAUGACAACCUGACUCAGAAGACAAACCAGCUGGAGAAGGAAAUUGAUAAUUCGAGGGCCAUUGAAAGCAACCUCACUACAGAGAUAUACGAAUUAAAAGGGCAGCUAGAGCGCUCACGCUGUCCUGACGACUGGAUAAGGUUUGGCAGCAGUUGUUAUUUAUUCUCCACAUCGAAAAAAAAUUGGACAGAGAGCAAGAGCUUCUGUGAAGAUCGGAUGGCUCAGCUGGUGAUCAUAUCUAGCGAACAGGAGCAGAAUUUUAUCCGCUCAUUCGGCAAUGACAUCUUGAUUGGUCUGACUGACGAGGAGACGGAAGGUUCCUGGAAAUGGGUAAAUGGAUCGGUGGCAAUUCAAACGUAUUGGGGAAACAACCAGCCGGACAACAAAGGAUCAGAAGACUGUGUUGUUGUUCUACACUAUGAAAGUUCAAGAAGCUGGAAUGAUAUAGCAUGCAGUACCAGAGAGUACUUCCUCUGUGAGAAAAUGCUUGAAUGAAAUAAAAAAUGUUGUUACAAUCCUUGACUGAUUCCACAUGCAAAAUAACAGUGAUAAAGUGCACAUUCACCUUAAGUGCAAAGAAUCUGCUGUUUAUCUCCCAUUAAACUUCUGAGGUCCAAUAUUUCAGUAAUCUUUCAUUUUCAAUAUUGUUUUUUCGUAUGGUAUCUUGAGGCCGCAGGAAGACCUGAAUCUUGCUCCCAGUCCUUAUGAUAGCAAGCUGUCAAGGUGUAAGUGCACUUGAAUCACUUUAAAUGCUGGAAAGAAAAGAACCUGUAAAUUUCCCUCUGUUUGAAACUGUGACGGAAAAACUUUGAUCUGAAGUGCAGGAGCUGAAUCCACAUAACAAGAAAUUAAUAGUUUUCUGUGUUGUUUUCAAUUUUUUUUGAUAUUAUGUCGGUACUAUACUUCCGUCUUUACAUUGGACCAGCCUUGUAGGACUUUGUAUUGAGUCUUUGAAAUAUCAAUAAAAGUUAAAUAAAUAAAUAAUAAAGG